GAUGUGUGCCAGUGAUUUCCAUCUUAUAACUCUCAAAUUUCUCUCCUCUCUUUUCGCUCUCACCCCAUUUCCAUAUCUUCCUUGCCCCGCCCUCUUCCCUUCUGGAUUGGUUUCGCUUCAUUCCGCCCCUCAUGCAUUCCAUCUCUUUUAACGCCGCCCUCCUCAUUGUCCAUUUCAUGGGGUUUUGAAUUUCAUUCAUCCUCCGUCAUUCCCUCUCUCUGGGCCACGCUGUCAUGGCUUCCUCCCAGGUGGAAUUUUCUUCCUCCUCCUCACCCUUUGGCUGCGUUCUCAGAGACCAUAAUCGCCGAAACGCCAAUGUCGCUAAGUUCCGCAACAACCUCAAGACCUUGGUCAUGGAUCGCCUCAACGAUUGCAUUUCAAUCACCCCCAAUCCCAACCCCAAUUCCAAUUCCAAUUUUCGUCUCCCCAGAACCAACGAAAACACCGCCAAUCCCUCCACUCCAAGGCGCUCCUCUAUUCUUGAACGACGGCCUACCAAACCGCUUCAUCGAACCUUAUCUACCAAUAUUGAUCGCCAACGCAACAACCACCACAUUUCCCCGCAAACGGCUCCUCCUCCUCCUCCUUCUCCCUCCAAGGAAACCUCGAAACUUGGAGCUUCUUCUCUUGUCCAGAUAUGGGAGAAGAGGCUAAACGUUUCGUCCAAUCACGUCGGCUUGAACGGGAAUGGGAAUGCAAAUGCGAAGGAGCCGGAGCCGGAGCAGGAGCAGGAACAGGCGUGCUCGGUGGAAGCAGGGGAUUUCGAGGACGAGAGGUACGAUGCCGGGCCCGGGAGCGAGGACGGUUUUGCAGAUUGGCAUUCCAACAGAACAAGUUCGAGUUCUUCCACACAGAGCCAGAGUUCGGAUGCUGGAGAAAGAGAGAGCGAGAGGGUGCGCGUGGCUGAUAUCAUUAGGAGAUUGACAUUGACGGCUGCAAAACCUCCGCAUCCGUCUUUGGUGGAAGACAACGACCAGCACCCAAAUGAAUCCUCCUCACAUCCCACUCUCAGUCUGAGUCUCAGAGAACAAGUAGAGCACAAAUGCCUUUCUCACGUUUUAUGCUCCCCAAGGAUCAGAGGACGCCAGGCCUUCGCCGAUUUACUCAUGCAAAUGGAGCGGGACAGGCAAAAAGAGCUCGACACCUUGCUGGACCGUCGACCCGUUUCUAAAUUCCCCCAACGUGGCCGCAUCCAGUCACUGCUUCGGCUCAAAAUCCUGAAACGUGGAAUGGUAGUGGAAGACGAGCAGCAGCAGCGCCCACAAUUUGUAAUAACGCCUCGAGAGAAUCAGGGAUUUUCUACCAUUAUGCAUCUCAGGGAGAGAUUUAGUAGAGUGGGUGAGAAUGGUUUAAGAAGCCCCAUUGGAGAGAUGCUGAACAAUAACAAUAAUAAUGAUGAUGAGAAAACCCAGUCAGACACAGAUACCCAUGCCACCUGCAAUAACGAUAACGAUAACCACCAAGUUGGUGCCAGUGCCAGUGCCAGUGCCAGUGCCUGUGUCAGUGACAGUGACAGUGCCAUACAUAGCAGCAGCAUGAACACAGUAGACGACCAUCCAAUUCCCGAAGAUGUCAAAGAGCAAACAGAAGAUCAAGGACAUGACCCUCCAACUUCGGAGCCCACGUGGCAAGAUACUCCUAAUUUGAUUUUGAAUUCACAAGACUCAAUCCAUGGAUGGGAAGAGAGCGAGGCAGCAGAAGAGAAUUAUGGUGCAGAGUCAGACUAUAUGGGAACUAGUUACAACUGGUUUACUGAUAUUUCUCGUCCUCGGAGUUAUUGGGAAGAUCGCAGGCAAAGUUGGUACCAGCAAAUGCUCGACUCUAAUUCUGCCAACGAUGAAAUACGUCAACUUAUUGAAAGGAAAACCGUAUCCAAUUUUCUAACGAGUGACUUCCGUGAAAGAAUGGAUAAGCUGAUGGUGUCUCGAUUAGAGCAACGAACACAGCAACAAGAAGAAUACAACGAGGAUAAUGAAGAUAACGAUGGAGCAGAAGAAGAAGAAGAAUUAUGGUGUUUCUCAGAAGGACACACUCAACCAAAGAGUAGUAGUGAUAACGAAGAAGAAGAAGAAACAAGUGAUUAUUUGGAUCAAUCUGCAUCCCCUUUGCAAUUGGCAUCACCAUCAAUAUUGAGCUCAUGGAGCUACCAGGAUAACGAGAUGGGUGAGGAUUCCAACAGAGCUGCAUCUAUGUCCUCGCCCCAACCUUUUCCACCUCAAUUCUCCUCCAACAACCAACAGUCUUCCCUCGUCUCAAGAAGCCACCAUGCUUCUAUUGAAAUGGAACUGAUAUACGACUUAAGAGGGCACAUGGAGCAGUUGUAUCAGGAGAUGUCGGAACUGAGAAAAUCAAUAAAAUGCUGCAUGGACAUGCAACUCAUGUUGCAGCAAUCAAUUAAGCAGGAAGUUGUGGGAGGGGGAAGGGGUAGGAAAUCGAAAUCAAGAAAGCCCAAAUGUUGUAUUAUUUGCCAUGAGAUGCAAAUUGACUCGCUGUUGUAUAGAUGUGGACACAUGUGUAGCUGUAUGAAAUGUGCAAAGGAAUUGCAAUGGAGAGGAGGAAAAUGUCCUGUAUGCGGAGCUCCAAUAGACGACGUCGUGCGGGCUUCUUUUACACAUUCAUAGGAAAGGAAUAGCAAGCAACGAGAUGUACGAGUUCUUGCUUCAGAGGACCGUCUUCAUUCUCCAUUCUCCAGUCCACACCAACCACCGCUCUUCCGCCACCCCAUGCAAAUGCAUUAUCGUCCAUCACUGCUCUUACUCUGCGACUACCUUGGCCCGCCAAAAGUACAAUCUCCUCUUUUGGUUUUGGGUUUUUUAACUUGAACUGCUUCAUCUUUAUCCAAACUGCACAUACACACACACUUUACUGCUUCAUCUUCAUCUUGAUCUACUUUGUAACGGACCACUUUCACUUUGUAUUUUCUCUUUUUCCACAUAUAUGUGCUUCUUGUAUUGUAUGUAUAUGUUUUUUUGAGGAGAAAUCUCGUUAUACCGCACCAUU